AAGGAGGACAAGCUUGAUCACCAGGCUGCACUGGGCGCCCCCCCAAAUCAGCUGGGCACCCUCUCCUCUCUCUAGAAAACACACUUCCUGCCUUCAGUCCACUCCUUCUCGGGUGGCGAUUGGGGCUGCUCUUGGGACUAGUCCUCCACUCUGACUGGUCACUGGCCACCAGGGGAGAGGGUACAACAGCUCUUCAGCCCAGUAGGGGCAGAGCAGGCCCAGCCCUGCCUCUCCCAGCAAUAACCUCCUCUCUGGAGGCCAGCCAAGAGCCUGGCCACUUGGCAGCAGGGACUUCCUGCCACUGCAGUCAGAAAUGCUCAGGGGCCUGUGGCUGGAAAAAAGGUGCGCAGCCCCCUACCCCCAGCUACUCGCCAACCUCUGUGGGAGAGGCAGGGAGUGACCUUGUACAUACUGGGGAUUGGGUAUGAUUUGUUUUUUUUUUUUUUUAUUCCAUUUUGAUAAUUUUUUUUUUCCUGCUCUGGAUGGUGGUGGCAAAUGGGUGAAUGAGUAUUUAAUAAAAGUUCCAAGUUUCCAUCUGGGUCCCUCCCUCCUCCCUCCUUUUAGCUUUGGGCCCUUUUGGAGGGCUGGUCAAAUCAGGCUCUUGGCCCUGUAUCCCAGGCACAGACCUCACUCAGUCUCAGUGCCAGACAGUGGGAUUCUCCCACCAGGAGCACUGGGGGCAGGAAGCCCUGCUGUAACCUAAGCCCUGAGUUGCUGCCAGAGGUUUCCUGCCUCCAGCUGAGCAAGUGGGCUUCAGAGGGCCAAACAGGACCAGUGUGACACUGCUUCUGCAUCCUGGUUGCAUCUUAGGCCUCAGGAUGUUUGGCCUGGAGGAACUCUCUUUUCCUCCUUAGCUUGUGUUAUAUUGUCAGAGCCCCUCCAGACCCAGCCACCCCUCCAUAUGCAGCACACAAGCCACUGCUCCAGGCAAAGCAGCUCCACGAGGUUGGGGUGAGGGUACCUGUGCCACAGUACCCAGGGUCUCUGAGGCCUCUGCUGCCCUGGUGCUGAAGUUCUGGCUUUGGUACCCAGGUCUGGGGUGCCCAGGCACCGAGGUGUCUGGGGCCAUGCUAUGGAAUUCCCAAGCCACGGUCAGAGUGCCCUGAAGAGUAUGUGGUAGGACCAGAGUGGCCCCUGGUGGGAAGGAGAGGAGGCAGGGAAAGGUACCUGACAGCUGGACCCCCUCCUGCCUGAGAACAUUGCAGGAGUUGGAGAUGCCUCAUCUCCUCCCUUCCCUGUGGGGGAUGUGCCCGUAUUCAUACUGCCACCCAGGAGAUCGGCCCCCUCCCCCAGUGCAGGCCUCCUCUCCUAGGGUGCCCAGCAAUCUCCCUUUUACUUUUGCCACCAGCUUCUUGGGAGCAGAGGGCCUAAGCUAUGUCCCCAGGGAGUGGUAUCCCAGGUCCCUGAGCAGGUUCUCUCAGCAUCCGGGCAGGAGGAGGCCCCAGCCCUUCCAGGUGCUGGACCUCAGGAAAUGGGAGCCCCGGUGUGGAGCACUCUGACUCCCAGCCCUCCUGAGGCUGGGCUCACCCCUGUGAGUUCAGAAUCUCCAGAUCUGGGCCAGGGGCCCCAGCGUGGACAUUGCUCUGGUGCCAAUUAGCACCAAAGCCCAGAGGGUGGGGAGGUGGUGAAUCCAGGCCAUGUCCUGACCUGGAGGUGCCCCAGCCUGGUUCCCGCCUCAGGUUUGUGUUGUUGCCUGUUUGAUGCCACCCAAGAGGCCCCAACACCACAGUAACGUUAGUGCCCCUAAAAGAAGUGCUGUCUCCAGCGCCUUCUCUGCUUUACAUCCGCUCCGCACCUCUUUACAGCUCUCCCAGGUGAGCACUUCUGCUUUGCCAGAGAAACUGCUCAGGGAGGUGGAGGUACUUAUCCAAAGUGUCCCACCUGUGAGCGUGGACGUGCUGCAGGAUGUUUGACCCCAUAGCCACAAUAGGCCCACUUUUCCCUCCGCAAGCUGCCUCUGGGAGCCCAGCAGGAUGCAGAAGGCUCUGGGGCUGAGAGACUCCUAAAGGGCCUCACCCAGGGCACCAGGCUGAGUAGAACCGGGCCUCUAGCUCUCCAGGGCUUUCCCCGGUUCCGGAUCCCGGAGUGGGGCUGCUUUGAGCCGCCAGAGCAACAGGCCAGUCCCGCCAGCGUGGGGAGCCUGAAGGAGCAGGCAGGUGGAGCUCUCGCUCCGCGCCUCGGCCCUUCUGCGGUCUUUGCAGCCGUUUGCAUUUCCUGAAACCGGAUCUCAGUGUCAGAGCCGCCCCUGGGCCGGGCAGGCGCCUCAGCCAUGGCCCUGCGCAAGGAGCUGCUCAAGUCCAUCUGGUACGCUUUCACCGCGCUGGACGUGGAGAAGAGCGGCAAGGUCUCCAAGUCUCAGCUCAAGGUGCUGUCCCACAACCUGUACACAGUCCUGCACAUCCCUCACGACCCCGUGGCCCUGGAGGAGCACUUCCGAGAUGAUGACGAUGGCCCUGUGUCCAGCCAAGGAUACAUGCCCUACCUCAACAAGUACAUCCUGGACAAGGUGGAGGAGGGGGCUUUCGUUAAGGAGCACUUUGAUGAGCUGUGCUGGACCCUGACGGCCAAGAAGAACUACCAGGUAGACAGCAACGGGAACAGCAUGCUCUCCAACCAGGAUGCCUUCCGCCUCUGGUGUCUCUUCAACUUCCUGUCUGAGGACAAGUACCCUCUGAUCAUGGUUCCUGAUGAGGUGGAAUACCUGCUGAAGAAGGUGCUCAGCAGCAUGAGCUUGGAGGUGGGCUUGGGGGAGCUGGAGGAGCUGCUGGCCCAGGAGGCCCAGGCAGCCCAGAGCUCCGGCGGGCUCAGCGUCUGGCAGUUCCUGGAGCUUUUCAACUCGGGCCGCUGUCUGCGAGGCGUGGGGCGGGACACCCUCAGCAUGGCCAUCCACGAGGUCUACCAGGAGCUCAUCCAAGACGUCCUGAAGCAGGGCUACCUGUGGAAGCGAGGACACCUGCGGAGGAACUGGGCAGAACGCUGGUUCCAGCUGCAGCCCAGCUGCCUCUGCUAUUUUGGGAGUGAAGAUUGCAAGGAGAAAAGGGGUACCAUCCCACUGGAUGCGCAAUGCUGCGUGGAGGUGCUGCCCGACCGAGAGGGGAAGCGCUGCAUGUUCUGCGUGAAGACGGCCUCCCGCACGUACGAGAUGAGUGCUUCAGACACUCGCCAACGCCAGGAGUGGACGGCUGCCAUCCAGAUGGCGAUUCGGCUGCAGGCAGAGGGGAAGACGUCGCUGCACAAGGACCUGAAGCAGAAGCGGCGCGAGCAGCGGGAGCAGCGGGAGCGGCGCCGGGCAGCCAAGGAGGAGGAGAUGCUGCGGCUGCAGCAGCUACAGGAGGAGAAGGAGCGGAAGCUGCAGGAGCUGGAGCUGCUGCAGGAGGCGCAGCGGCAGGCAGAGCGCCUGCUGCAGGAGGAGGAGGAGCGGCGCCGCAGCCAGCACCGCGAGCUGCAGCAGGCGCUCGAGGGCCAAUUGCGCGAGGCGGAGCAGGCCCGGGCCUCCAUGCAGGCUGAGAUGGAGCUGAAGAAGGAGGAGGCUGCCCGGCAGCAGCAGCGCAUCCAGGAGCUGGAGGAGAUGCAGCAGAGGCUGCAGGAGGCCCUGCACCUGGAGGUGAAGGCCCGGCGGGACGAGGAGGCCGUGCGCCUAGCCCAGACCAGACUGCUGGAGGAGGAGGAGGAGAAGCUGAAGCAGCUGCUGCAGCUGAAGGAGGAACAGGAGCGCUACAUCGAGCAGGCGCAGCAGGAGAAGCAGGAGCUGCAGCAGGAGAUGGAGCUGCAGAGCCGCUCCCUGCAGCAGGCGCAGCAACAGCUGGAGGAGGUGCGGCAGAACCGGCAGAGGGCCGACGAGGACGUGGAGGCUGCCCAGCGCAAGUUGCGCCAGGCCAGUACCAAUGUGAAACACUGGAAUGUCCAGAUGAACCGGCUCAUGCAUCCAAUUGAACCUGGAGACAAGCGUCCCACCACCAGCAGCUCCUUCACAGGCUUCCAGCACCCUCUACUUGCCCGCCGAGACUCCUCCCUAAAGCGCCUGACUCGCUGGGGGUCCCGUGACAACAGGACCCCCUCACCCAGCAGCAGUGAGCAGCAGAAGUCCCUCAAUGGCGGAGAAGAGGCUCCCAUCGCAGCUUCCACCCCUCAGGAAGAUAAACGGGACCCAGCACCAGAAAACUAACCUCUGCUAGCCUCUUUGGCCCCCAUCUUCGUGCCUACCAGGACCUGGCCACAGCUGGCCUGUGGGUGACACCAGCCGCUGCAGAAGGAGCCGCAGUCCUGGUACCAAGGGCCCAGGGCCUCUGACCGAGAAACAGUCCAGAGUAGAACUUGGUUCAUUUUUUUUGCACCAGCCCCAGGCCCCAGACCACUGAGUCUGUCGGAGGUGUUGACCCUCGAGAACUUGAACCUGUGCCUUAACCCCAAGGAUCCUAUACCCUGGGCUGGGAAAGAGAGUAAACAAGCAAGCCAGGGGCCAUCUGUCCCCAUACUGCCACCAAGUUUUGGAGGCGCAUUUCCAAAUAAAAAUUAGUCUUGGAAUAAAUGAUUGAUCAGGUCUA